AUGGAAUUCGGUAGAGGCUUAAUCGGGAUGUACGCCCUUAAUAAGAUGAAGGUGUGGUAUCGCGAGACUUUGCCUCGUGUUUUAACUAUAGCAAAGCAGUUUCUGGGAAAGAUACAAACUGAUCGGAUGAAGGACAUUGAUGUUUACGACAGCAGCGGGGUGGAUCUUGUCGGCUUCGAGAGUCUUUCGGGGACUAGCUCGGCUGUUAAUGCGGAGAUUUCUACUCUGGCGAGUUCAACAUUAAAAUCUAGGCCUGGGACUUUAAAUCUGGAACAUGAGGAUCUUCCUCCGUUGACAACCGAACUUUGA